AAGAUCUUUCAUUGGAUGAUCUUAAACAUCUGAUGUGGCUGCCAUCAAAUGAGGGCAUUCCAUGCAACUGAAAAUUUCUUUGGAUGGCAAAGAUCAUCUGAAAGAAGAGAUGGCACUGAGACGUGUCCCAAUCCAUGAUGGGUCCACUAGAACAACUGUUCAGAUGAUCAAAAGGUAUAAUAAAACACUCUUAGGCGAUAAAUUGGGGAAGUUCCCAGCUCCCUUCUUGAUGAAUACUAUUCAUUUUGGCAUGCAAGCCAUUUUAUCCAAGGCCAUCGUGCGAUUCUGGUCUCAAAAGUUGCAACCUAGUGUAAAAAUGUCAUGGAGGGAUUACUUUCUCAAAGUUGUACCAACGGCUAUUGGAACAGCGCUGGAUAUAAACCUGAGUAAUGUCUCCCUUGUUUUCAUCUCUGUCACAUUUGCCACUAUGUGUUAAUCCGCCUCUCCAAUAUUUCUCCUUCUGUUUGCUUUUGCAUUCAAGUGAG